UGUCGAAUGUAAACAAACAGUGUUUUGGUGAUUAUAAAUUGAUUUCGUGCCGAAAAUAACUCACAGUAUUAGAAUUCGUUAUAUUAAAUUAUUGUGAAAGUGAAAUGAAUCUGUGAUUAACAAAAUAAGAGAAGUUUGAAUGAUAAAUAAGUUAGUGUUAGUCACCGAACAUAGUCUAAAUUCUUACAUACAUUUUACGUGUUUUAAUAUUUUUAUGCUUGUGAAUCAAUGUGAACUUAUUUAAUAACAUUUAUAAUGUCGGAUAUUCAGCCUGUCCAUCAACAAAGCUCAGAAAUACCAGCUAUUGUUAAUCAGGAUGAAUUUACCAUAGAAUUACAAAACUAUUACAGUGGGCAUAAUGAAAAUAGUAAAAAAUUACAAUGGACAAAUCAAAGAAUACAAAGUGUGAUUAAAUUGUUAGACGAGUACAACACAAUAAAAUCUCAAGGUAAGCGACCAACAACCAAGCAUUACCAUCAUGCUAGAAAAUACGAUGUAAUGAAUAUUGGUAACCAGAAAGUUUUAAUAAUGAAGAGAAAGGAUAUCUCUGAUCCUGUAGUACAAAUAAUUCCAACGGAUGAGUAUUAUCAAAAGAUACUCGACGCACAUAUUGCCACUGGACAUGGACGUCGAGACAAAAUUGUUCACACCUUGAAAGAUAAAUAUGUGGUGCCAAUAUUUGCAGUUUCAAUAUUCCUAAAUUUGUGUAAAACAUGUCUAGCAAAGAAAAGCUUUCCAAAAAAAGGAAUAGUCGUAAAACCGUUGAUUUCUGACGACUUCAAUCGAAGGGGACAAAUAGAUCUUGUAGACUUCCAAACGUCUCCAGAUCAAGAAUAUGAAUGGUUGUUACAAUAUCAGGAUCAUUUAACAAAAUUCUGUUUUUUGCGACCGUUAAAAAGCAAACAGGCUAAAGAAGUGGCAAUCGAAAUUCUUAAGAUUUUUUUGGAAGUUGGCUGUCCACAUAUCCUCCAAAGUGAUAAUGGACGCGAGUUCACAGCAUCUGUGCUUAAAGAAAUAGUCAGUUUGUGGCCUGCUUGUAAAAUAAUUAAUGGAAGACCCAGAUAUCCGCAAAGCCAAGGAAGUAUAGAGCGUUCAAAUCAGGAUAUAAAAAAUAUGAUUCGAGCCUGGAUGACAGAUAAUAAAUCUACUAAUUGGUCCAUUGGGUGCUAUUUCGUUCAGUUCCAAAAAAAUUCAUCUUACCAUUCAACAAUAGCUCGAUCUCCAUAUAAAGCCUUGUUUGGUGAGGAUCCAAAACUUGGACUCUCAUCCACCUACUUAUCUAAAAAUAUAAUAUCCAAAUUAGAAAAUGAAGAAGAUUUGCAAAAAUUGUUUGAAGAGAUUAAUAACAACAAAGAACAAAAUUCAGAAAACGAUCAAGAAGACAACAAAGAACAAAAUUCAGAAAAACAUCAAGAAGACAACACAGAACAAAAUUCAGAAAAAGAUCAAGAAGAGGAAGAACAGGAAAACGUAAAUACAAUAAAUAUUUCAAAAAUUGACACUCUGAACAUUAAACAAGAAGAAAUAACAGCAGCAAGUCAUGAAAUAAUUAUGUUGGAACAAAUUAACACUGAAAACAAUCCUAAACUACAUUCUGCUUUACAUGAGAAUUUACCUGUAGUUACAGAGGUUAUUAUUCAUAAACCAGAUAAUAUGCAGGAAAAAACAUCUUUAAAAAGUACGAAUAGCAUAAAUUCAGAAAAUCAAGGGAAAGUAGAUGAAAAUAUUUACAAAGUAUCUGAAGCUUAUACAUGUACCAAAUGCAAGAAAAUAGUUCAGGCCAUAUGUGGAGUCGUAUCUGAGGAAAAUGAGGGCUAUGGAUCGCAAUUGCUUUGCACUUUGUGUGUGAAUGAACGUAACAUCGUACAAGAAAGAACACAAUCACACAAAAAUUUAAAAAGAGCGGCAGAUAAAAUGUUAUCCACAUCGUCUAAGAAAUUUAAAGAUAUGAGUACUGGUUCAACUGUAUUAGUUGAGGUUCCAAAAGUUGAUAUAGGACCUUUGGACAGUAAAAACUUGAUUGGAAAAGUUUUAAUGAAAAAGAACGAGUUAUAUCAAGUUGGUACUGCUUCUGGCAUAAUCAAAGAUUGGAUGUCUCGAAAUGCUCUUCUUUCCUGUCCAAAUGCAGAACUACUCAUUGACAUUCCAGAGGUUACAUUACCGUUGAGAACUGUUGCAUCAAUGUCUUCAUCAUUUGGCGGACAAGGGAUGAAACAAUGCAAUUGCAAAAAAAAUAAAAAUGGACAAUGCGUUUCCAAUAAGUGUAAUUGCAAAAAAGCCAAUGUUCUUUGUAACUCCAGGUGCCACAGUUCGUUGACAUGCAACAAUAAAUGAACAUUUUUAUUGGUGCAAUUUACUUUUAUUUUCUAAUAGAUAAUUUUGUUACGUUUUCAAAACAUUAAUUCAUGUAUUAGAAUUGUUUUUUAAAAUUUUAAUUUUAUUUUAUGAUCGUUUUUUUCUAACAGAAAACGCAUUAUUUUUUCAAUUUUAAUUUGUGUUUGAGGAGAAAACAU